AUGUCGUCGCCUUUGGCAGCCGUUGCUCAAUUCUGCGCUACUGCAACUAUCAAUCGGAACAAGCAUGCUUGCUGUCAGCUAAUCGCCCGGGCGGCUUCUCAUGGUGCCAAGAUGAUCUUUCUCCCCGAAGCAUCAGACUUCAUUGCAGGAUCGACUCCCGAGGCCUUGUCGUUGACAACGAGUAUAGAAGAUUCAGAGUUUGUCCAAGGGGUGCAACAAAGUGCGAAAAAGGAACGCAUGUGGGUGUCUGUCGGCGUGCAUGAAAAGAGCUUAUCAUCUACGCGCAUUUUCAAUACCCAUUUGAUCAUUGAUGACCAAGGCAGCAUUGUCUCCACAUAUCGCAAAAUGCACCUCUUCAAUGUCGAUAUCAAAGAUGGUCCUCGGCUUUUGGAAAGUGAGAGCACUCAACAAGGUGACGCUAUUGUGGAUCCAGUAACAACACCUUUGGGUCGUGUGGGGCCCCAGAUUUGCUAUGAUUUACGAUUUGCUGAGCUUUCGAUUGCACAGCGGCGACGAGGUGCUGAUAUUUUGACGUUUCCAAGCGCCUUCACAGUCAAGACUGGAAUGGCACAUUGGGAGCCUCUUUUGCGCGCGCGUGCUAUCGAGACACAAACCUACGUAAUAGCUGCAGCUCAAGUGGGUCAACACAAUGAAAAGAGGAUCAGCUAUGGAAACGCCAUGAUUGUCGAUCCAUGGGGAACGAUUCUAGCACGGUGCGCAGAUACCACAUUACCUACCUUGGCCAUGGCACCUAUAGACCUUGAUUACUUGAAUAAGCUUAGAAUUGAAAUGCCUGUAAUGGAUCAUCGUAGAACAGACAUGUAUCCUUGUAUCCAAUAG